GGUGCGGAAGCUUGGUAGAAAGGGCGUCGACAUGGCAGCUACGGCGACGGAAACUGGAGAACGCAAGCAGCGAGGGGGUCCGUCAGUUUUCUUCCUGCACCCAGAUCUUGGCAUUGGCGGGGCAGAGCGGCUUGUAGUCGACGCGGCUCUGGCGCUUUGCGCACGGGGCUGCCGUGUGCAAAUCUGGACGCCGCGGUACGACCCUGCGCGCUGCUUCUCGGAGACCCGCCAGCUGGACGUGCGGACGGCGGGGGGCUGGCUGCCGCGGAGCAUUCUGGGAAGAGGCCACGCACUUUGUGCGGCACUGCGCAUGGUGUUUCUGGCGCUGCAUGUGCUGCUGCUCAGCGGAGAGGAGUUCGACGUCUUCGUGUGUGAUCAGGUGUCUGCAUGCAUUCCAAUCCUUCGUCUGGCCCGGAGAUGUAAGAAGGUUUUGUUUUAUUGUCAUUUCCCUGAUCAGCUUCUGACUAAGAGGGAGUCAUUUAUUAAACGAAUCUACAGAGCUCCACUGGACUGGUUGGAAGAAUAUACAACUGGCAUGGCUGACUGUAUUCUGGUCAACAGUUGUUUCACAGCACGUGUUUUCAAAGAAACCUUCAAAUCCUUAUCUCAUAUAAAUCCAGAUGUCUUGUACCCUUCUUUGAACAUCAAUAGAUUUGAUAUCACAGCACCUGCAGAUGUGGUUAGCAUAGUCCCCAACAGAAAGAGGUUUUUUCUUUCCAUCAAUAGGUAUGAAAGGAAGAAAAAUCUAGUAUUGGCUCUGGAAGCUUUUCAUGCCCUUCGUGGCAGACUUGAUGCGCAGGAGUGGAGGGAUGUUCACUUGGUCUUGGCUGGUGGUUAUGAUGAAGCAGUUAAAGAGAAUGUGGAAUAUUAUGAAGAACUGAAAGCUAGGGCUACCACGUUGAAUAUUGAUGAAGAGGUUACAUUCCUGAGAUCUUUCUCUGAUGAAGAAAAAAUAGCUCUUCUUAGUAAUUGUGUGUGUGUUCUUUAUACACCAAGUGAUGAACACUUUGGCAUAGUUCCUUUAGAGGCUAUGUACAUGAGAUGUCCAGUCAUUGCAGUCAAUUCAGGGGGACCAUUGGAAUCAGUUGUAAACAAUCAGACAGGUUUCUUGUGUGAUCCUCUUCCAACCCAGUUUUCAGAAACCAUGGAGAAAUUCCUGAGAGACCCUACUUUAAAGAAGAGAAUGGGAGCUGCUGGUAGGACCAGAGUUUUGGAAAACUUUUCACCAGACGCAUUUACUGAAAAGCUGUAUCAAUAUGUUAAUAGCUUAAUACAAUAAAAAUGACUCUGUGAUAUAA